AUGCUCCAGGAGAAGGCCUCAGCUGUGACGGAUGACAGUGUGACUGGGGUCCAGCCUGGAGGGUCCCCAGACCUCAGCCCUAACUCCUCACACUUGGGCCUGCCUACAACUCCCAGCACCCCCCAGGGCAAUGAGCCAGACCAGAAUAUUGAGAACAUCAAGGUUCUUCUUCAUGAGAGGGAGCUGUGGAAGAAGUUCCAUGAGGCGGGAACAGAGAUGAUCAUAACGAAAGCAGGCAGGAGGAUGUUCCCCAGCUACAAGGUUAAAGUCACGGGCAUGAACCCGAAAACGAAGUACAUCCUCCUCACAGACAUUGUCCCCGCCGACGACCAUCGCUACAAGUUCUGUGACAACAAGUGGAUGGUGGCAGGCAAGGCGGAGCCGGCCAUGCCAGGGAGGCUCUAUGUCCAUCCAGACUCCCCAGCUACAGGAGCCCACUGGAUGAGGCAGCUGGUGUCCUUCCAGAAGCUAAAACUCACCAACAACCACGUGGACCCCUUUGGGCAUAUCAUCCUGAACUCGAUGCACAAGUACCAGCCUCGGCUCCACAUCGUCAAGGCCGACGAGAACAACGCCUUUGGGUCUAAGAACACAUCCUACUGCACUCACGUGUUUCACGAGACAGCCUUCAUCUCUGUCACCUCCUACCAGAACCAUAAGAUAACUCAGCUGAAGAUCGAGAACAACCCGUUUGCCAAGGGUUUCCGUGGCAGCGAUGAAGGGGACCUGCGUGUCUCCAGACUCCAGGGAAAAGACUACCCAGUGAUUUCUAAGAACAUGGUUCGCCAGAGGCUCCUCUCCUCACAUAGUCACCGGACAGGGAAGCUGGGAGCUGGGGUACACCGGUCGGGGCACCCCCAGGUCCUGUCCCACUACCAGUACGAGGGUGGGGUGCCCCUGGGGAACUCAGACCACCAGGAACACAUCUCCAAUUCCUUCCCUCCAAGCCGAGAGCCCAGUCUGCUCUACCACUGCUUCAAACACAAAGAUAACACCAGGCAGUUGGAACUGGGUUUUAAACGGCCAUAUCUGGACACAACGCUUCCAGCAGUCUCAGAGGAACACUACUUCUGCUCUCCUCCCACAUACGAGCCUCCACUGCUGUCCCACCCCUAUUGCGGUGAGGCCAUAAGCUCCAGGGAGGCCUGUAUGUAUGGAGGGAUGGAGGGAGAGAAUGGGUACGGGGCUGGGGGUGCUGACGACCUGGCUCCCCCCUCUCUGAACUGCAACAUGUGGGCGUCGGUGCAGCCUUACCCGCGGUACAGCGUGCAGACAGUGGAGGCUGUCCCCUACCAGCCCUUCACUGCUCACUUCACCAGUACUGCCACCGCCACCUCCGUGGUGCCCCACCACACCCCCACCGGACCCCCACGCCCCCAGUCCGACAUAGGAAUUUACAGUCCAGCCACAGCACAGCGAGGCCUGGCCACCAUCCCCUCGUCGUCCUCCAUCUCGUCUUCCUCUCCCCCGGUUCCUGGUUCCAGGGGUAGCAGGCCGGUGGGCCAUCCUUCUCUGUACCACAGGAAGCCUGGGCCUGGGUCUCCUCUCCGGCCUCACAGGGAAUUCUCGGCCUUCCCAACACAGAGCACCCCCCCAUCCAUCCGGGACCCGUCCUACCAGUACCAGAUGGGGCAGAGCAGUGUAGGGGCCCACUGGAAUGAUAGCUAG